GACCUGAAAUCUAUUGUCUGCACACCAUCAGAGUUGAAGAUGUUUUUAGUGUUUCCGGAUGAUGUUAAUAUCAUAGAUGUAUCUACAGAUUUAUGUGCUAUCGAUGCGAAUAAAAUACCUCAAUUAACACAGUAUUUACAAGAACAACUGGAUAUAGCUGAAAUAGUCCGAUUGAUGGGAUUAUUCGAGAAGUUUAAGGAAAUUUUCGACAGUGAUUACAAGUAUCCGGUAUCCCAGGGUUUCAAUGACGUAGCAGACAUGAUGGAUCUGGUGUUUAAAUCUCCGUCACUUCUUAAAUCCAUCGAAUCUAUGUCGACAUUAAAGAAUAUUCCUGAUAUAAUACGCAAAAUGCCAAAGUGGAUAAAAAUGUUCGAGAGUGCAAAAGAUAGCUUGAAACCUGUUUCUGAGUUAGUGACUAUGCUGAAUCCGAUUAUAGAGCAGAUUGAUCCGAACAAUAUGAUUUGGCGUAGUAUUAAAUCUGGUUUUAAAAUGGUCAAUAGUUUAGUUGAUGUACUAGAUGGUAAACAUAACGGUAGCCAGGAAAUGAUGCUAACGAUCAAUGAAUUUCUGACUGACGUGGAAAUCACAUUGGAUAAUAUGUCUCCUGAUGCUACUAUGAUACUCCAAUCUCUGUCCAGUAUUAAAUUAGGAAAUAUCUUUGAACAGGCUGUUGCAGGAACUUUAUCUGAUAAGAAAGUAACAGACUCUUUAAAUGAGAUACAGGAAACAUUAGAGAAGACAUCAUUAUGGAAUAUUACGGGUCCAGCUGUAUCAUUAUUAGAUAAAAUGAUCAGUAUGUUUAAUUUGACUAUACAUCAAACACAAGGUCUGGAAGAAGCUGUCCAAGAAUUGGUAGGAACAGAUGGAUCUCUUCAAACAAGUUUAAAUCAACUCUUAAGUAAAGGACCAAAUGUUACAAAAGCUGUUCUUGAUGCAUUUACAGAUUCCAAGUUACUGGCGAAAAUGUUUGAACAAUCUUUUUCGUAUUCGUCAAUGUGUAACGGUGUUAUACAGAAAGUUAGAACAGAAAUGGGAGAUUAUGUUGCCACUGAAUUAAACGGAGUAUUAUGCAAUGCAGAUAGCUCUGAAGCUGUACAGAAUUUUCUUUCUACUUUAAAUUUAGAUAGAAUAACAUUAGUUAUGAAUGAAACAGUUCAACUUAUACAGUAUCUGGUAAAUGAUAAUAUGGAUCUGUACGAUCAAGUCAGCUUAUCAACACUCUACAUGUCCAUUAAAGAUUUAAUAGAAACAUCCAUGAAAUUUAUCCACCGUACCAAAUGGACAUGGGGUGACAUGUUUUCAGGGUUUAAGACAACUGGUAUAGACUUACAUCGUAGAGAAUGGUAUCCAGUCGUUGACAUGAUGAAUGAAAAUUAUGUUGGAACCAGUAUUGUUGCUAUGGCAAGAGGUUUUGGAGAAGCUAUGUAUAAAUCACCCCUAGUGGAACCUGUAUCCCAAUAUGUUCAUAUGGCUGAACUGUUUGUUGAAUAUGGUUAUAAUCACAUGAAAAUAUCCGCAGAUACGUAUGCCACAGAUUCUACCAUGGGUCAGUUAGUUCAAUAUGUUACCCAAAAUGCACCAGAAAUAGCCGGUGCUGCAAUGAACAUGUUAGAAAAGCCAAAAGUGGUGUAUGAGUUAAUUGAAAGUGAUAAUCCCUACAAGACUGUAUGUUCUGAUAACUGGAUGGAUGCAAUGAAUGUACCAUAUUAUGUUCCAAUGGAUAAAAUAGAAGAUCUUAUAUGUAAGACAGACUGGAAUAUCAUGAUUGAAAAUCUUGUCUAUAUAAACAUGGGUGGCACUGAUCAAUUAACCAAGGACUGGGGUGUUAGUUGA